AUGAGAGUGUCGCUGUUGAUUUUGGUGGUUCUUGUAGUUUCGCUCUUCUGGCUGGUGGUGGACUGGGAACUCGGCAACUUCUUCAACUCCUUCUUCUUGCCUGCGGCCAAGUCCGCCGCGACCAAGGGUCCGCAUCGGGUGGACCACCGCACCCACCCCGCGCAGCUGCCGGUCCAGCUACUCAACGUCAGCUUCAACGAGCUGCGACCCGACCCGCGGCUGCGCGUCUUCCAAUUCCACAUGGGCGUCGACACCAACUUUGCCGUGCAGGACGACCCGCGCACCUUCGAAACCGUGGAGCUGGCCUACGACGAUCACGGUGAUCGGUCGCAGACUGUGCCCACCAGAGUCAAGCUCGCCGCGCAGAAAUGCGCCGCGUUGCAGAUCACCGGAUUGACGGCCCGAUUGAAGGCGCUGAAGCACUUCCAGUUUGUCGACGCCAUCGCACGCUGCGCAUUCCUGAUCGACGACGAGCUGGUGCUGCGACUGAGCGACCACGAGCGCGCUCGGGCCUCGUUCGACGUGCACGCGUGUAACGACACUGUCCACUUCCCGCUCGCCGAGGUGCUCCACUUCCCCCAGGCUUCGCCCAUCAUCGCGGGCGGACUGCUGCCGCGGCCGACCAACGGCUUCCCCUCAGCGCCAUGGGCCGGCGCCGAGGUGCAGGUCGUGCGCGCCCGCGGCCCCGACGCCACGCUGCGGGUGGCGGCCGUGGUCUUCAAGAAGUUCACUUGGCUGCAACCCGACGACGACCUGUGGCUCCUGUGGAUGCUCGACGUGGUGGGCGUCGAUCACGUGGUGAUCAACAUCGCCACGCGCGACUUGCCGAUGGAGGUGGUGCGCCAGUCCAUGGCCCAGCACGAGAGCCUGGCCGAGCGCGUGACGCUGGUCGACCUGGACUUUCCAAAUCGCAAGUCCAACCACUCGUUCGACUACCUGCUCCAGGUCCAGGCCCACGAGCCCUUUCUCCGCUGGCAGGCCGACUUUGACUUCAUCUUUCUGAUCGACCAGGACGAAUUCCCGCAGCUCUUCGACAUCGACAACGCCAAGGCCAACCAGCCACGAAUUGACAUCAAGACCUUCAUCGGCCGCAACAGAGAGCGUUUCGAAGAGCAGGGCCAGGUCUACUUCGCCCGGCCGUUCGUGCAGCGCUCGGAGAGCAACCAUAAGCCAGACCCGCUGCUGCCCACCUUCCUGCGGGAGCUGGCGCCGCUCGACGGCCUCGUGACCAGCGCCGUGUGGUCGGGCAGGAGCAAGCCCAUCGAGAAGCUGGGCAAGGCCCUGUUCCCGGUCGGGGCCGCCCUGCGGCCGUACCUGCACUACAACGACUACUGGCCGGGGCUGACCCCCUUCGACUGGCGGGCCGGCCACUUGCUCCACGUGCGGGAGCCGCUCAGCGACCGAAAGGAUGCGGCGCAGCUCCAGUGGUUUGUGGACGAGGGUGUUGUGUCGGACUCGGCGGCGGCGGCGUGA